CAACUUGCUAUUAUUGUGGCCAUAACUUUCCAGCCAAUUUUUGUCCCCAUUUAAAUCAGAGAACUGUCAUCGAUAUUUUUCGUCAUCAUGAGCAUUGUUACACCAGGUUUACUCCGCAUGCACUACGAUGAAGCGCACCGGGAAAUGAUUGAGGGCCCCAAUAACCAAGACAACAAAUCCUGGGAGUUCUGGCAGCAACUUGUAAUCUCGGCCUUUCACGAAGUCAACAGGAGCUCAAUAAUUGCCGGAUCUUCGUCUAGAACAUCCAUUCGACAGACUGAAAUUGUGGUACGGCGAUACGAUGAGGAGAGUGACGGGUUGUUCUCUGCCAUGUGCGUUCGUUGCCGGCGCCCUGACAUCAGCCUGGGAAAGAUUGAGCAAAUGGCCCUCGACGCAGCGAGAAGUCACAUUGACAAAGAGAAGCUUGAAUGGAUCUGGGCCAUGACCACCUUCGGUGUCUCGUUCCGCGUGUGGUUCGUCGACAAAGACGCCGUCCGGCUGAUUCCGAUGCACGGGACGGCCACUGACGGCGACGAAGGGCAAUACAUCGACGUGGCCUCGCCUGAAGCUAGCGUUAUCUCCAAUGUCGCUCAGCUUAUUAGAGAGGGGUUGCCACUUGAUGCAGCUUCUAUUCCCACCCCGGGGACUGAUUGAGGGGAAUGAGGUGCCGGGAGAUGAUGGCAAAAGCAUGUAUUGACAUCUCAGGCGGAAUACUCCAGCUAAACCUAACUAAUAAUCUAUUUGCUCGCAAC